AUGGGUCAUCAAGAAGUAAAUGUACAAGCAAAUCUCGCUCGAGUCGUUCGCAUAUCUGGAAAAGUACUAGCAGCGGCUUUUUUAACGUUGGGUCAAGAAGCAAAAAAGCAACAAGUCUACCAAAAACCAGAAGAGUACACAGUAAUAGAUUUGCUAGGGUCAGGUGGCUUCGGUGAUGUUUACAAAGUUUGCAAAACUGGUACGAAUGAGCUUUACGCAAUCAAGACAGAACUGUAUGAAUUUAAUGGUCGAAGAAUUAAUCGGUUGGAGAAUACAAAUCAAAUGACGCAGAAUGUGAGUACAAUCCGUGAUUGUUCAUCGCAGGUCGAAGUAUCCGUAAUGACUGAUAUUGCGAAUUUCGAAGAUGUUUCACAUAAAAGCCAUUUUAUCACGCUGAUUGAUCGCGGCAAAACAGAUCAGUUCAAAACAAUAGUGAUGCAGCUUCUCGGUCCUAGCAUUGCUGAUUUGCGUCGUUACUAUAUUUGCGAAGAAUUCUCCAGAUCGACAGCAAUUCGCAUAAGCCAACAAACUCUGGAAAGUAUAUGGGAUUUACAUGUAAUUGGUUAUCUGCAUAAAGACAUAAAGCCUCAAAAUUUUGCAAUUGGAUUAAACGAUAAAUCAAAUGUUGUAUACAUGAUUGAUCUUGGAAUGGCAACCAAAUAUAUUAACAGUCGUACUAAAAAAAUCAAAAUCCCACGAUCAAAAGCUCGAUUUAUGGGUACCAUUCGGUAUGCAUCAAGAAAUUGCCAUCGGGCAAAACAUCAAUCAAGACGGGAUGACUUGGAAUCAUGGAUCUAUAUGAGCAUUGAAUUCUUCAACUCCAGCAUUUUGACAUGGAAAAGAAUGAUUGAUCGAAAAGCAGUAUUAUACGAGAAGGAAAAUUUCUUCAAUCUACCUCCUCAAGAAGCCUAUAUUGGAGCACCAAUGGGCUACAAAAGUAUAUCACAGUACAUUGAUAAACUUUCAUUCGAAGAAGAACCAAAUUAUACAUUACUGCACGUUGGUUUCUUGACAACUCAUUCAAACUUAAAUGCUAAAAAAGCAUUAGAAGAAAUAAUUCGUAAUGAAAACAUUGACGUUACUAUACCAUUUGACUGGUACGGUCGUAGCCUUACAAGACGAAAAAAAACAGAACUGGAUUCAGGAUACGAAAAGUUGUCCAGAAAUCCCACAUCGUCACCAGAUUUAGCACGUUUUGCAAGCAUUUCUGAUUACCGUUAG